AGAGAAGUUCCAGUACAUCGAGAAGAGCCGCUCCUGCGCGCCGCGCUGCGCGCCGGGGGUCGAGGUGUUCUGGUCGCGGCGCGACAAGGACUUCGCGCUCGUCUGGAUGGCCGUGUGGUCGGCACUCUGCUUCUUCUCCACGGCCUUCACCGUCCUCACCUUCCUGCUGGAGCCUCACCGCUUCCAGUACCCCGAGCGCCCCAUCAUCUUCCUCUCCAUGUGCUACAACGUCUAUUCGCUGGCCUUUCUCAUCCGCGCGGUGGCCGGCGCCCAGAGCGUGGCCUGCGACCAGGAGGCGGGCGCGCUCUAUGUGAUCCAGGAGGGCCUGGAGAACACGGGCUGCACCCUCGUCUUCUUGCUGCUCUACUACUUCGGCAUGGCCAGCUCCCUGUGGUGGGUCGUGCUGACGCUCACCUGGUUCCUGGCAGCCGGCAAGAAAUGGGGCCACGAGGCGAUCGAGGCCCACGGCAGCUACUUCCACCUGGCGGCCUGGGGCCUGCCGGCCCUGAAGACCAUCGUGAUCCUGACGCUGCGCAAGGUCGCCGGGGACGAGCUGACCGGGCUCUGCUACGUGGCCAGCAUGGACGCGGCCGCGCUCACAGGCUUCGUGCUGGUGCCCCUCUCCUGCUACUUGGUGCUGGGCACCAGCUUCCUCCUGACUGGCUUCGUGGCCCUCUUCCACAUCCGCAAGAUCAUGAAGACGGGCGGCACCAACACAGAGAAGCUGGAGAAGCUCAUGGUCAAGAUAGGGGUCUUCUCCAUCCUGUACACGGUGCCUGCCACCUGCGUCAUCGUGUGCUAUGUCUAUGAGCGCCUCAACAUGGACUUCUGGCGCCUUCGGGCAACAGAGCAGCUGUGUUCCCCAGCCAGUGUGCCGGGUGGCCGGAGGGACUGCUCGCUGCAAGGGGGCUCAGUGCCCACUGUGGCUGUCUUUAUGCUAAAAAUCUUCAUGUCGCUGGUGGUGGGGAUAACCAGCGGCGUCUGGGUCUGGAGCUCCAAGACGUUCCAGACCUGGCAGAGCCUUUGUCACCGCAAGAUGGCAGCUGGCCGGGCACGGGCAAAGGCCUGCCGGGCCCCAGGAGGCUAUGGCCGUGGCACCCACUGCCACUAUAAAGCUCCCACCGUGGUCUUGCACAUGACUAAGACGGACCCCUCUCUGGAGAACCCCACACACCUCUAGGUACACAGGCCUACUCAGGGUGGCUGUUGCCCCCUCCUCUACCCCACCCCCCUCCGGAGGAGACAGCUGACUAGCAGCUGCCCAGCUGUCAAGGUCAGGCGAGUGAGUGCAAGGGGGCUGCGGACCAGGCAGGGAGACUCUCCUUCAACCCUCACAUGUGAGGACCCAGGGAGGCUCACUCCCCUGUGGCCUAAAGCAGGGGGUGGGCCCGGCUAAGUCCCCACAGUGUCCCAAGGGAGCAUGUGGAGAAGGGGCAGAAGGGGGCAUGGUCCAGCAGGGAGUUUAUUUAAUGAUGUAAUUUAUUGUUGAGUUUCUCUGGAAGCUGUGACUGGAAUAAACCCCCAUGUGGCA